AUGCCGAAGCCCUUCAGCAAGAUCAGGUCCGCCGCCAUCGACGGCCGCCUGCACAACCCCAUCUACCGAAAAUGCCAGCUCAAGGCCCUACAUGAUGCCCUCACGAAGAGCCUGCCCGAGAUCCAGAGAGUCAUCGCCAAGGACACGGGCAACCAGAGCACCGAGGUCAAGGUCGAGUGCUGGCUCGCCAUGCGUGCCAUCGCCGACGCCUACACCGCGCUCGACACGGAAAAGGCCCUUGAGGAGGAAUACGCGCUCGCGCAUGGCAAGGAUUCCCCGGAUGCGCGCGAGCCCGUGGGCGUCGUGGUCAUCGAGCCCACUUCCCACACCUUCUUCUACUCCCUCAUUACGGCGUUGGUUCCUGCGCUGGCAGCCGGCAACUGUGUCAUUCUUCAGGUCGAGCAAUCCAUGCUCGAAACCCCAACCUACGUCCUCAAGCUCGUCGAGAACGCUCUCGACGCCGACGUCAUCCACAUCUCCCGGACCAAGGUCAACGCCGCCGACAUUGCCCACCGCCACAUCCGCAUCGUCUCCCGCCCCGGCGCCCUCGUAGCCGCCGUGGUCGAGCGCGACGCCGACAUCCAGGCCGCCGCCAAGGCCCUCGUGGCCAUGCGCUUCGGCCUGCGCGGCAAGUCGCCUUACGCGCCCGACAUCGUGCUCGUCAACGAGUGGGUGAAGAAGGACUUCCUCAUGGCCGCGCGGCAGCACUCCAUCCAGUUCAUCUCCGACGGGCCCCAACAGCCGGUCGCGGGCGGCCGCAAGCUCGAGGCCAUGGGCUUGCUCGACGAGAUCGUCAAGGAGGGCUUCUCUAAUGUCGUUUCCGCCGGUCACGACGGCAUCAUCUUGGAAAUCGAGAACAGGAAGUCGUUCUUGACGCAGCGCAAGCUACAAGAGAAGUGCCUUGGGGUUCUUGCAGUUAGCAGUAUGGAUGACGCCAUCGAUACGGCUCGAAAGCUCGGGCGUCUCUCUGCCGCGUACAUCUUCACUACACCUGCUGCUGCCAAGUACAUUUGCGACUUCGUUGAUGCGGACCUCUGCUUCGUAAACCACGUGCCCACCAACCUCCUCUUCGGCCCCGUCGCCCCCGUUGGCAAGCCUCUCGACCACGCCGAGGGCACUCGCUACCCCACAUCUCUCUUCACCGUCCCCAAGCCCCGGUACAUCACCAAGCCCGCCCUCAUCUCUCGCAUCGAGAGCAUCCUUGCCGGCGCCGUCUCCCCGCAGCUGCACAAGCUCGAGGCCGAGGCCAGCGCUCCUCUGCCGGACAUGAAGCGCCCCGAGAGGCAAAACGGCAUUGGUUUCUUCCACCAGGGAAUCGUCACUGGUGGAAUCUUGGUGCUGAGCGCCAUCAUCUCGACCACGGGAGGCCUGGCAUACUGCGGAUUCAAGUAUCUCUGGCCUUUUGUCAGGGCGUUGUAA